AUGGCCAAAAAAGGAUCAAAUAAUUCCAAACGAGUAAACAGUGCAUCUAGUACUCCCGACGGGCCGAUUCUCGGAGUCAGUAAACUGAAGAGUCAACUCCGCCAAGCAAAACGACUGCUGCUCAAGGAAGGUCUAAGUCCAGAACUGAGGAGCACAACGGAGAAAAAAAUAUCUCAGAUCCAGGCGGUGAUAGAGAAUGCUCCAAGCAAAGAGAAGGAACGUCGCAAUGCAAUCAAGUAUCACCGGAUCAAAUUUUUCGAUCGGAAGAAAGUGGCUCGGCGACUGAAAAAGGUUAUCACUGAGCUAGACCAACUCAACUCGACUAAAAGUCCAAAAAAAAGCCAGAAGAAGAAGCUCGAGCUGGAAGCCCAGCAACUUCGCAUAGACCUAAAUUACAUCCGGCAUUACCCCAAUCACCUCAAGUACGUUUCCCUUUGCCCUGGCGGGGAAUACAAAGAUCAUGAAGCUACCACCUCAUCGCUUCCCGACACUGCCCCUUCAAGCAAGGACCCCGAUUCAUUGAGGAAUUAUGUCCGAACCUUCAUCCAUCGUUCGAUGGAAUCCGGAGAAUUGACAAACACCCCAGAAGAAGACCAUCAGAAUAUGACCGAGGAUGCCAACGAACUUGAACCCUCUAACGUUGCUGCGGAAGAUGACGAGUUUUUUGAGCGUGAUGGCGAUUGA